AAGUCAGUUCAGGAGCAGCAACCAGUAGCACAGUGAGCAAACAUGUCCAACACCAGAAUGAACAUAGGCAAGAUCGUCUUCUAUGAGGACAAGAACUUCCAGGGUCGUUCCUAUGAGUGCAGCAGCGACUGCACUGACAUGAGCUCCAACCUGAGCAGGUGCCACUCCUGCAGGGUUGAGAAUGGCUGCUUCAUGGUCUACGACCGCAACAACUACAUGGGAAACCAGUACUUCAUGAGGAGGGGCGACUACCCUGACUACAUGCGCAACUUUGGAAUGAGUGAUUGCAUCAAGUCCUGUCACAUGAUCCCCAUGCACAGAGGAAAUUACAAGAUGAGAAUCUACGAGAGAGAGAACUUCGGAGGUCAGAUGCACGAGAUGAUGGACGACUGUGACUCCAUCAUGGGUCGUUACCGCAUGUCCGACUGCCAGUCCUGCAACGUGAUGGACGGCCACUGGCUGAUGUACGAGCAGAACCACUUCAGAGGCAGGAUGAUGUACAUGAGGCCUGGAGAGUGCAAGAACUUCAGCAGCGGCAUAGGAAUGGGAGGCAUGAGAGGUAUGAGGUUCAUGAGCAUGAGGCGUAUCAUGGACUCCUGGUACUAAAUAUUGCUUGAUGUACCGAUAGCAAGAAAAGCCAUUGAAUAAAAUUAUUCACAGACCUA